GUGUCUAGACAUGCGGGGCGAAGUGCGGGACGGUAUAGGUACCAAGCUGGCGACAGUCGCUCGGGACAUUUACUCAGGGAGUCACGCAGAUUCAAUUCGAAUUUUAACACUUUUUGUAACAUGGUUAAAACUACAUGCGCCGUAAGAGGUUGUUACUCAUCUUCAUACAUUCAUAAGGAUUUGAUGUUUCAUCAAUUACCACGCACAGAAGAGAGAUGUAAACUAUGGGCCAAAGCAUGUGGAAGAGCCGAUUUACUUAAAAUGUCUAUGAAGAGUCUGAAGAAUACUUACAUUUGCAGCUUACACUUUGGGUCUUACAUGUACGGAAAAAGGACUUUGAAGAAAUCAGCUGUGCCGUUGUUACGGAUACCAACCGACAAGGAAUCAUGUACGAGAUCUACACAAACAAAAAUUGCAAAUACCACAGUGAAAACAGAAUUGUGUAUAAAACUUAUACAUGACGACAAUGGUAAUUUAAUGGGGUCUUCAGAACAUCUUAAUAAGGAUUAUAGUAAAACGCCGACAACAACAGAUUGCACUCUUAAAAGUAUGGCAGAAGACGAAGUUGAUGUGACAUGCAAGAAAGAAUUACCUGAUAAAAAUAGUGAUAUUACGGAGGCACAAUUUUUGAAAGGUUGCGAUAAAUUUUUGCCAGAGAAGUUAAGUGCCUACGUAAAGACUCAAGUAUAUUUUAAAAUGCAUAGUAAAAACGACACUCCAAAGAUUAUGAAUUAUUUUGAUUAAUCUACAGAACCCCAGCAGAAUCUAUACCUUUAUGGAGUACUUAUUAAUUGUAUUGACGAGGCCAUGUACAAUCAGCAAAGACCAACUUGGAUUAUACCUAAGUACAGAUUAGUGGCAACACACUUCGAACGGUGAGAUAGGUUUAACACCAAAAGUUUAUAAGGCUUGUACAAAAUUGUUUUAAAGAUAAAUGUUUAAUUGUGUACAUUUGAAAAUUAAAGUAAGUAUAUACUUUG